ACGGAUACUCGCUAGCAUUGAGGGCUUGUAUUGGAUCAAAAUGCACCUAUUAUUAACUUUCUUUUCUUCCUCCUCUCUUCUUAUUUGUCACCGGUGGUGUGCGGUGGUUCGUCUGUCUGGAAUAAAAACUGUCACCCACACCUUAAAUAAGGACAUUUCAAGAUGGAACGUAAAGAAUGAUCAUUCGUGGAAACACGGGGGACUUUUGAAAAUGUCCAACCCAAAAGCACGACCAGGUGAAAAGAAGUCCCUGAAGUCCUCAGGAAUCCAGAUCACGGCUUCUCGUGAUCUCAGGAGGCUUUUGUCCCUGCUCACCAAACGCAACCCCAGAGAAGAGGCAGCCUGCAGCAGAGGACUACAACAGCAAAACGCACAAACCAGCGACAAAGACUUCAAUACGGAAGCCUCAGAGCUGGAAAAAUUCAGCAUUACAUACAAAGCGCAAAGAUGUUUUACCAGCCACCCACUGCAUAAGCUCUUCUCUGACAUUUUCAGUUCACGUGUCAAGAACCGACUGUGCAGUGACUGGAUUGAUUCUGCGCCCCCUGAAUCAAUCCACAGAGUUUUGAUCUGCUUACGAUUAUUCAUCAGAGAUCCACAUUAUCAGAUAAUGUUUCAUCACGUCAAAGGGAUUAAUUCCCUCGCCUCGUAUAUGGAGUCUGUCACUGUCAUGUACCUUGCUUGUGAUGAACAUGCAUUUACUGGGGAGAUGUUGGUUACUAUGGCCUAUGUGUUUCAGAAGCUGUCUGCAGCUCAGGAUCAAAGGAUAUGGGUCAUCGAGAGUAAUGUUCACAGGACUCUGGUGAAGCUCCUAUCUGCAACAGAUAGUAACGUGUUACUGGGGGCCUUACUGGCUCUCACCACCUUGGCUGAGAGCCCAGUAUGCAAAGAGAAGAUUGGGGAGCUUCCAGUAGUGGAGAACUUGCUUGUAAUACUGCAGGAAUAUGAUUUGCUGUCAAAGAGGCAGAGCUCCCCGGUGCAUGAGGUGAGGAACCAGGUGAGAGAGCUGGAGGGACUACCAGUGCUGCUGAGUCUGCUGCACGGUCAGCACCUGAAGUUGCUGUGGAGUGUCACCUGGGUCCUGGUCCAGCUCUGUGAGGAACCUGAGAUGCGGAUGGAGAUUCGGAGCUGGGGUGGAGUGGAGCAACUGCUCAGGCUACUAAACAGUGACAGAAAGUAUGUCUCAGACCCGUCAUUGAUUGACACCCUCUCCAGUGCCAAUGCAGUUGGUCGUAUACAGAGAGAGCACAUCAGACAGGAGCUGAGCCCACAAGAGGAGUUGGACAACACAAUGGCUCUUCAGUCAGCCUGCUGUGCGAUGCUGACUGAACUUUGUCUGGAUGACACGUCUGCUCACCAUAUUGUGCAGGAAAAUGGCAUCUAUGUGAUGGCAAAAUUGAUUUUACCACAAAGCUCUGGACCAAAGGCUGCAUCUUUACAGUGCUAUGCAUUCCGGGCCCUUCGAUUUCUCUUUAGUGUGGAAAGAAAUAGACAUCAUUUUAAAAGACUGUUUCCCACAGACUUAUUUGAGCUGUUUAUUGAUGUUGGCCAUUAUGUACGGGACCUCACGGCCUAUGAAGGACUGCAAACCAAAGUUUCACUGUACACUCAGGAUGAAUAUGUUAGUUUAAAUGAGUCAACACGAUUGAUUGAUCAGAACCGGCCCCCUCUUAAGGUGAUCAGUGGCUACUCCGUUUUGGACCAUCUGGGCACUGGAGCCUUUGGAAGUGUCUUCAAGGUACAACAGCAGAGUACACAGAAUUUCCUGGCUUUGAAGGAGGUGAACCUUCAUAACCCAGCUUUUGGCAAAGACAAGAAGUCCAGAGACAUUAACGUGGAAAAGAUCAUCUCUGAACUAACUAUUGUCAAGGAACAGAUGACACACCCAAACAUAGUUAAAUAUUACAAGACAUUUUUUGAAGGUGAGAAGCUCUACAUUGUGAUGGAGCUGAUUGAAGGCGUGUCCCUGGCUGAACAUUUUAACUCCCUGAAGGAGAAGCAACAGAAGUUCACGGAAGAGAGAAUUUGGAAUAUAUUUGUACAGAUGUGUUUGGCUUUGAGGUACCUGCACAAAGACAAGAGAAUAGUCCAUCGUGACCUCACACCUAACAACAUCAUGCUCGGAGAGAAAGACAAAAUCACCAUCACUGACUUUGGGCUGGCUAAACAGAAACAGGAGAACAGCAAGCUCACGUCAGUGGUUGGCACUAUCCUUUACUCAUGGUGAGGAAACCUUUUAAAUGAAAGC